AUGUGGAGACUGGGUUUGUGGUGGCUCCUGAGCAGGGUCUGUCUGCUGCUGCUGCCGCCCUGCGCCCUGGUGCUGGCCCGGGUGCCCGGCUCCUCCUCCCACCCGCAGCCCUGCCAGAUCCUCAAGCGGAUCGGGCACACGGUGAGGAUCGGGGCGGCCCACCUGCAGCCCUGGGCGGCCCCCUCCCGGAGCAACCGCGGCUGGAGCUGGGGGGCGCGCCAUGGCGCCCAGCUGGGAGGCGCGCCGGAGCCCGCUCCCGGAGCGCAGGGGGAAGGGAGCCGGGGGAGCAAAGCGGGACGAAGUGCGCACAAAGCAGCGCAAACUCCCCGGGCGAGCGGCUGGCAGGGCGCCGGGAUCCAGAGGCAGUGGAUCGGGAACAGGGCGCAGCUGGGCACCGGGAACCCGACUGGCAACGCGAGCGGAGACCAGGAGCUGCUGCUGCUGCGGCCCAGGGACGCGCUGCUCUCGGGGGUGGAGAACCUGAACCGCGUGAGCGGGCUGCUGCCUUACAACCUGUCCCUGGAGGUGGUGAUGGCCAUCGAGGCCGGGCUGGGCGACCUGCCGCUCUUGCCCUUCUCUUCCCCCAGCUCCUCCUGGAGCAGCGACCCGCUCUCCUUCCUGCAGAGCCUCUGCCACACCGUGGUGGUGCAGGGGGUCUCCGCCGUCCUCGCCUUCCCGCAGAGCACGGGGGAGAUGCUGGAGCUGGAGUUCAUCUCCUCGGCCCUGCGCAUCCCGGUGAUCAGCAUCGUGCUCCGGGAGUUCCCGAGGGAGAGCCAGAAUCCCCUUCACCUACAACUGAGUUUAGAAAAUUCAUUAAGCUCUGAUGUGGAUGUCACUUUCUCAAUCCUGAAAAUGAACAACUGGUACAAUUUCAGCUUGAUGUUAUGCCAAGAGUGGAAUAUCACAGAUUUUCUCUUCCUCACGCAACAGAGUUCCAAGUUCCACCUGGGCUCCAUUAUAAAUAUUACCACAAAUCUCACUUCAACUAGUGACCUUCUGAACUACUUACAAGUUCAGCUAGAGAGCAUUAAAGACACAGUAUCAACCAUGGUUAUGUUUGGCUGUGACAUGGAGAAGACAAGGGGGAUUUUUGAAAUAACCACCCAGUUUGGCGUGAUGCCUCCUGAACUUCACUGGAUUCUUGGGGAUUCACAAAACGUGGAAGAACUGAGAACAGAGGGUUUACCAUUGGGUCUCAUAGCUCAUGGCAAAACGACACAGUCUGUUUUUGAGCAUUACGUCCAGGAUGCAAUGGAGCUAGUAGCAAGAGCUGUGGCAACAGCUACAUUGAUCCAACCGGAGCUAGCACUUAUUCCAAGUACGACAAAUUGCAUGGACAUAGAGGAAACUAAUCUCACUUCAGGGCAAUAUUUAUCAAAGUUUCUAGCCAACACGACCUUUAAUGGUCUCAGUGGCCACAUUAAAGUGAAAGGCUCUUCCAUCAUCAGCUCAGAAAACAACUUCUUCAUUUGGAAUCUGCAGCAUGAUCCUGUUGGGAACCCAAUGUGGACUCGACUGGGGAGUUGGCAAGAAGGUAAGAUCAUCAUUGAUCGUGGGAUAUGGCCAGAGCAGGCCCAGAGGCACAAAAACCACAUCUUGCACCCUCCCCGGCUGCACCUGAGAGUGGUAACACUGAUAGAACACCCUUUUGUCUUCACAAGAAAGGUGGAUGAUGAAGGGCUGUGCCCAGCAGGACAACUGUGCUUGGAUCCUCUGACCAAUGAUUCAGCCAUGUUGGAUAGCCUCUUUGAAACCCUUCACGGGGGCAACGACACCGUGCCCAUUGAGUUAAAAAAGUGCUGCUAUGGCUACUGCAUCGAUCUGCUGGAAAAGUUGGCCGAGGAUAUGAACUUUGAUUUUGACUUGUACAUUGUUGGCGAUGGGAAGUACGGAGCUUGGAAAAACGGCCACUGGACAGGUCUUGUGGGUGACCUUCUGGCGGGGACAGCCCACAUGGCAGUGACAUCAUUCAGCAUCAAUACAGCCCGUAGCCAAGUGAUUGAUUUCACCAGCCCUUUCUUUUCAACCAGCUUGGGCAUCUUAGUGAGGACCAGAGAUACAGCAGCUCCUAUUGGAGCCUUUAUGUGGCCACUCCACUGGACCAUGUGGCUGGGAAUAUUUGUUGCUCUCCAUAUCACAGCAAUAUUUCUCACACUGUAUGAGUGGAAAAGCCCCUUUGGGAUGACCCCCAAGGGAAGAAACAGGAAUAAAGUUUUCUCCUUCUCCUCUGCCCUGAAUGUCUGUUACGCAAUCUUGUUUGGCAGAACAGCUGCCAUCAAACCCCCGAAAUGCUGGACUGGACGGUUUUUAAUGAAUCUCUGGGCCAUUUUUUGUUUGUUUUGUCUGUCGACAUACACAGCGAACCUGGCUGCUGUCAUGGUAGGAGAGAAAAUCUAUGAGGAGCUUUCUGGAAUACAUGACCCCAAGCUCCACCACCCUUCCCAGGGAUUCCGCUUUGGAACGGUGCGAGAAAGCAGCGCUGAAGACUACGUCAGGCAGAGCUUCCCAGAGAUGCACGAGUACAUGAGACGGUACAAUGUUCCUGCAACUCCUGAUGGAGUGGAGCACCUGAAGCAUGAUCCAGAGAAAUUAGAUGCCUUCAUCAUGGAUAAAGCACUCUUAGAUUAUGAAGUGUCAAUAGAUGCUGACUGCAAACUUUUGACAGUGGGGAAGCCAUUUGCCAUUGAAGGAUACGGCAUUGGCCUUCCCCCAAAUUCUCCACUGACCUCAAAUAUAUCUGAGCUGAUAAGCCAAUACAAAUCCCAUGGCUUCAUGGAUGUGCUGCAUGACAAGUGGUACAAGGUAGUACCAUGUGGGAAAAGAAGUUUUGCUGUCACUGAGACACUGCAAAUGGGCAUUAACCACUUCUCUGGACUCUUUGUGAUGUUAUGCGUUGGAUUUGUCUUGUCCAUUCUCACCACCAUUGGAGAACAUGUAGUACACAGACUGGUCCUACCGCGAAUCAAAAAGAAAUCCAAGCUGAAAUACUGGCUCCAUACAAGCCAGAGAUUGCAUCGCGCGUUAAACAGUUCAUUCACUGAGGACAAACACCAGCCCAAGACAAAACGAGUAGAAAAGAGGUCCAACCCGGGUAACAGCCAGCAUGCGGUGUGGAACACGGCCAACCCAGGCAACUGUCACCGGAGGAAAUACAUAUGCAGCGAGGAAGGGCAAAACGAAGUGACCCUCAGACAGCACCAAGACAUACCCCUACCCCAACUGAGGGGAGAGACUCCAGCACCCCUGACAACGAAUGGGAAAGCAGAUCCCCUGAAUAGUGCUAGGACCUCAGUGAUCCAAGAGCUGACUGAGUUAGAGAAGCAGAUUCAAGCGAUCAAGCAGGAGCUGCAGCUAGCCAUGAAGAGAAAAACUGAGCUGGAAGAGUAUCAGAGGACAAACAGGACUGCAGAGCCCUAGGCCACCACCCCUCAGGCCCCCUGUACACUUUACAAUGCACUUUUGUAAAGCCGGAAAAGAGGCCUGGGAAUAAAAAAAGAGCAAUAUGUUCUUCAUAAAGCCUCCGUCCCACAGAGCGGACACUGCAACAGCAGCAGGAAACUUAUUCCUGGUUCCUAGAAGGGUUCUGGUUCUUUCAUAAGAAUGAAUCUCUCAUUCGUGCCGUGAACAUCUAAGGGGCAGCCUUACACUAGAAGAGCGGCAAGCACCCAGACCGCACCAGUCCUGGUUCCU